AUCGCCCCGGGCUCUCCGCGCACACCCGGAAGCGGCGCGGGGAGCGGAGCGGAGUGUGGCGGGCGUGGGAACGCGGGCGGUGCGGAGGCGGGCGGCCAGGAGGCAAGAUGGCAGCUGGGCCAAAUGGGCAUGAAGAGUGGGUGGGCAGCGCAUACCUGUUUUUGGAGUCCUCGUUGGACAAGGUGGACCUGUCCGAAGCCUAUGCACACCCGGAGAAGAAGGUGGCUGUGUUCGGGGCUCUGCAGACAGCAUUGGCAGAGAGCUCCGAGAGCCCAGAUGUGCUGCAGAUACUCAAGAUCCACCGCAGCGACCCGCAGCUGAUAGUGCAGCUGCGCUUCUGCGGGCGCCAGGGCUGCCGGCGCUUCCUGCGCGCCUACCGCGAGGGGGCGCUGCGCGCCGCGCUGCGCACCCGCUUGGCGCAGGCGCUCUCCGGGCCCUCCCUGCCGCUGCAGCUGGAGCUGCGCGCUGGCGCCGAGCUGCUGGACGCUUCGCUGACCGAUGAGGAGCGCUGUUUGAAUUGCAUCUUAGCCCAGAAGCCCGACCGGCUCAGGGAUGAGGAGCUCACUGAGCUAGAGGAUGCACUCCGCAAUCUGACCUGCAGCAGCUCGGGCCAGGGUGACCAUGUGGGGGUCACUCCUGCUCUCUCAGAGUCCCCGAUCCCUUCUCCGUCAGAGGAGAAGCCACCGCCCCAGUCUGGCCAGACUUUUCUGUUCCAGGGUCAGCACAUAGUGAAUCGGCCCCUGAGCCUGCAGGACCAACAGAAGUUCGCCUGCUCGGUGGGCCUCAAGUGGCGCAGGGUGGGGCGCUCACUGCAGCGGCACUGCCGGGCGCUGCGCGACCCCGCCCUGGACACGCUGGCCUACGAGUACGAGCGCGAGGGGCUCUACGAGCAGGCCUUCCAGCUGCUGCAGCGCUUCGUGCAGGCCGAGGGCCGUCGGGCCACGCUGCAGCGCCUGGUGGCCGCGCUGGAGGAGAACGAGCUCACCAGUCUAGCUGAGGAUCUGCUGGGCCUGGCAGAUCCCAAUGGCCUGGCGUAGGCCCCGUGCCGAGGAAGAAGCAGCGUGCCGGGAGCUGGGCCAGGGCUUGACGCCGCCUCAGGGCUCCAGGGGUCCCUUCUACUUCGACUGCAGUUGCUGCCGUACCCCUUCCAUCCACAGGACCCUGAGAAUAUACACACGCGCCGUCAUGGAACUGCUAGAGCAGCACAGUUGCCAGCCUGGGCCAGAAGCUAGAUGGCACCCAUUGAGCUCCCCCGCCCCCUAACGUGCGCCAUUGGCUAUUCUGCCCGAUUCUUGGAUGGUGACGGAGCAUGGAGGCUUCUGCUCAACCCUCACUCCUCCACUCUGCGCCACAACUCCUUAAACCCCUGGACCAAGGCUAAGUGUGGUAGCUAAUGCCUUUAAUCCCAACACUUUAGAAGUUAAAGCAGGAGGAUGAGCUGCCUUAGACUGUAUCUCAAAAACAAACACCUGGGCCUCACCUCAGAUGAGGAAGAUACAGGAGCCCUGCAGUCCCUCGGCUCACACCCAGGAGGGCUCUGAAGUACUCAGCAGCCGCCAUAAAGUAGUCAUUUUGCACGUAGAGAGAUCUGGAAGCUCCAAGGCCUAUCUCAGGCUGGGGCUGGGUUCUUGGAAGAGUUGAGUGUGAGCAGGAAGGAGGGGGUGGGGGUGGCUGAAGGGCAGUGUUUUAGGCACAGCAGACUUAACUGGAUGCAGGUGGCUCAAUGGGGGGUCUUGUGGGAGGGGCAUUCCAACAGACAUCAGCUUUUGAAUGGAUGAUGAGUAGCAUGUGAAGGAUAAGUAGUCUGAUGAACCUCUUUUACAGCUUGGGUUCUAAAGCAAUCUUGUUUUAAUUAUGUCUGACCCUUUGGGCUUGAACUCAAUUUUUUUUUUUUUUAGAUUCCAAAUACAUUGCUAGGGAAAUUUCACAGUAAAAUUGGUUCUCAAAUUUUGGAUUUUA